AUGGGUGAUUCGAGGCGGAUUAGGCUGAGAUUCGGAGGGAGGACCUUCGGCGGCGGCGGCGAUGGUGGAGACGAGCUUGAUGCAUACUUGUGGUUAGUGCUUAGAGGUACACUCUUUGUAGACAAGAGUGGUAACCGUACGCAUCCUUCCUUCCUUCACGAGCUAUGUCACACGGAUGUCCCUAUUAACGAGUAUGCUUGGGGAACAGCUGCACUGGCCUACUUGUAUCGACAGCUGGGCACGGCAUCACGGAAAGGUGCUGAUUCGAUUGCUGGUUGUCUCACGCUUCUACAAGCGUGGAUUUACGAGUACUUUCCGUGCUUUCGGCCACAGCAGGGUACCUUGACCCGGGACCUUCAAAUGCCUUGUGCGUCUGCUUGGGAUGUAGGAGCGGGAUGUCCUAGCAAGAACCUGGAGCGCCUGUUAGCUUUUCGCACUAGGAUUGAUGCGCUUACUGACCGUGAGGUGAACUGGCUACCGUACGGAGUUGAUCCUGCAUUACGAGUGCCCCCCACUUUAUUCAUUGGUUGCAUCCAGUACCGUAACAUCAUUGAGCCGUACAUGCCUGAUAGAGUGGUGUGCCAGCUUGGUUUCGUGCAAGGCAUUCCCCGCGAGAUCAUCAGGCUAGAGAAGGCCAAGAGGUCGACUAACUUGAAGAUGUAUCGAGUAGACUUCCCGACUGAGAUGACAGCUGUGAUGUGGAACAGGUUUGUCGCUGGGGUAUCUCACAGUGUUGUUUUAGGUGCCCUCCCCAGGCUUAGUGCUGCAGCUCCUUCGGUUGCGCCCGGUUACAUGCAGUGGCUGUACAGGUUUUCUCACCCGCGGGUAUCUCCAGGUGCAGGAGUUACAAGCAACCUGCCUGAGCAGACUAACACUGAUUACUGGAUGGGUCGGUCCAUGGAGAUUCACCAAAGAGCACUAGCUGAGUAUCCUGAAAUGUCGAGUGAGACUCGAACAAUGACUAAGCAGCUUGUAUUUGAUUGGAAGUCAAAAAUGGGACUUUAG